UCCUUUGUGUCCACUAGUUGUCGCUGUUCAGAGCAAUUGAUUAAAAACCCUCAAAGAAGAGAAGGAUGUGACGUAGCUGGUGCCGAAGUAAAAUGGCGACGAUUGCGUUUUAACCAAAACACCCCCAACGAGCCUAAAAGAUUUCAAGUUAAGAAGAUAUUUCCAAACUCCGUGGUAUUUCUGAUAUCUUAUCAAGAUGACGGACUCAGUUGUGACCGAGCAGCCCAACAGGACUGGAGGAAGAAGAAGGAGCUCGAGGAGCAAAGAAAGCUUGGAAAUGCUCCAGCUGAAGUAGACGAGGAGGGAAAAGACAUAAACCCUCACAUCCCACAGUACAUUUCAUCAGUGCCAUGGUACAUUGAUCCAUCUAAAAGACCAACACUAAAGCAUCAACGACCACAGGCUGAAAGGGAGGAACAAUUUUCAGCAAUUGCAGAGUGGUACAAGAGAGGAGUGCAGGAGAAUGCAGUGGCCACUAAAUUCCGAAAGGGGGCCUGUGAGAACUGUGGAGCCAUUACACACAAAAAGAAAGACUGUUUGGAGCGACCCAGGAAAGUCGGCGCAAAGUUCACCGGAGCAGGCAUUGCUCCGGAUGAACACGCUCAGAUCCAGCUCGCUUUGGACUACGACGGAAAGCGUGAUCGCUGGAAUGGGUAUGACCCUGAGGAGCACCAGCGUAUCGUUGAGGAAUAUGCCAAAGUAGAUCUGGCCAAAAGGACACUGAAAGCGCAGAAACUUCAAGAUGAGUUGGCAUCAGGAAAACUAGAUCAAAAUGAGCGGGAACAUGCCAGUGAGGACGAGGAUGAAGACAAAUAUGCAGAUGACAUUGACAUGCCCGGUCAGAACUUUGACUCAAAGAGACGAAUCACUGUCAGGAAUCUGCGUAUCAGAGAAGACACAGCUAAAUACUUGAGAAAUCUGGAUCCAAAUUCAGCAUACUAUGAUCCAAAAACUCGAGCUAUGAGGGAGAACCCAUACUCCAACACCGGCAUGAACCCUGAUGAAGUGGGAUACGCUGGAGACAACUUUGUCCGACAUAGUGGAGCCACAAUCACCAUGGCUCAAACACAGUUGUUUGCCUGGGAGGCCUAUGAGAGAGGCUCUGAGGUCCACCUUCAGGCCGACCCCACCAAGCUGGAGCUGCUCCAUCGCUCCUUUAAAGUCAAGAAGGAGGACUUUAAGGAAAAACAGAGGGAUAGCAUCCUGGAGAAGUAUGGAGGUGAAGAGCACUUGGAUGCCCCCCCCCGGGAGUUGCUGUUGGCCCAGACGGAGGACUAUGUGGAGUACUCCCGACACGGUGCUGUUCUGAAGGGACUGGAGAAAGCUGUCGCCCGGUCCAAGUAUGAGGAGGACGUGCUCAUCAACAACCACACUUGUAUAUGGGGCUCCUACUGGAAAGACGGCUUCUGGGGAUACAAGUGCUGUCACUCUAUGGUCAAACAGAGUUACUGCACAGGAGAGGCUGGAAUCGGAAUCAACAACUCGGAAUGUGUUCCAUUUGAAGAGGGGCUAACCGAGCCACAGGAGGAAGAAGAGCCAAAGUCUCUGCUGGAAAUGCAUAGAGAUAAGAUAAAAGAGAAGAAGAAGAAAAAGAAGGGCAAAAAGAACAAGAAGCAUGAAUCAGACAGCAAUGACUCAGAGGAUGAGGAGAAGAAGAAGGAGAAGCUGAAGAAGGCUCUUGAAGCAGAGGACAAGUGGGUGAAGCAUGUAGAUGCAAUAAUGCAGCUGGAGGAAAGGAAGAGGCCCUACAACAGUCUGCAGGAAGUGAAGGCCCCCACGGAGGAGGAGUUGGAGGCCUUCCGCAUGAAACGCCCUCGGCCAGACGAUCCCAUGGCUUCCUUCCUGGGACAGUGAACUGGUCUCAGUCUCUUGAUUCCUUCAAACCAUCUGCAAGGACUCUACCAGAGCAGCUGCUGGGUUAAAAAAAAGGUUUUACUCGUAAAACUUAGCUUUGAGCUGCUGUAGGGUUAAAAAACAUUAGAGAAACUCUGUGCUGUAUUUUUCCGAUUCCUUUUAAAACUUUUCGUUGUGUGCAGGAUCUGCAAGCGGCUCUGCUUCUAAGGUUCUUGUUUUGUUUUGAUUAGUCCCAGCUCUCAUCUCGUCCUUGCAGGAAUUCACAUGACACCUCUCGCCACUUUUGCAAUUUAUGCAUUUUUUUAAUAAACUUUGUCUGAACUUGCUGUUUGGUGUGGUUUGUCACUGCGGUGCCCCUGAGAUGGACUAGGGACACCUAAAGGGUAAACCCUGCCUUCAGUCCAAUGGCAG